GAGGAGGAGGAGGAGGAGGAGGAGGAGGAGGAAAGCCAUUCUACAGCAGAUGACAAGGUCGAGGGACAUGGCGGUAACCAGCGGCAGCCCAAGCAUAACUUCCCGCCGCAAGAGAUGAUGGAUGUCGACGGAAACAUAAUUAUAGUUUCUUCGCAUAUGCUCAAUUCUCAGGGCAAGCCAAUUUACUCGUCCAUUUCGCCCGAGACCAUGUGCAAGAUCCGGUAUCCGCACAGCAAGGCCAAUAUCUACGAGCUGAACCGCCGCGCUAAGCAGCUGCUUGAGUGGCUGGGCAAGACGCAAUCCGAGUACGAGCAUGAGCGCAUGUCCUGGCUGUUGCCAUCGCCAGUUUUGACAGAAGCAGCAGUAGCAGCAGCAGCGGAGGUGGCAAUUGAAGGCGAGGAGGCGAAUAAGAGUCCUUUGGUGGCUGCUGCCAAUGGAGCCUUGGGAUGUGCGCCUGUGGCCGGACGCCAGUACUCGCAGCAGCUCUCUGAGGCGCCCACGUCGCCGAUCAACCCGAACGACUGGCCCAACGAUGACGUGGCCGACGACUGCGAGAUUGUGUUUAAAGACCGCGGCGCGUCGUGCUUUGAUGAGUUAGCUGACAGCCAGAGGCAGCAGCAGCUGGCGGUCCUCGAGGAAGCGCACCCGCGCGACACGCGGUCCAUUAUGGAGGGCCUCAUGUCGCGGCUCAUUCAGUUCCAGGAGAUGUACUCUUCUUAGCUGACAUCAAGUUGUAUUUUACUCGCUUGUUCCCGAGUUAACCGUUCAGCCAAUUUACGAAUGAACAAAUUUCUACU